AGUUAGUUACCGAACCGAACAAAGUGCCAGCAAUUAGUAGCUGCUAGCACGUCUGUGCUGUUAGGUACGAGACUCUAGUAACAGCACAUAUCAUUGGGAGACGUUGUCCACAAAAACAUUGUUGUGUUUAGUCAGUGCGAGAGUAAUUCGGAUGGACGUUCGUGAAGCAGUGAACUGCAAUGAAAAUUCUCGAAUACCCGAAAAAAAAUUGUACCCACGGGAAGAAGACAGGGUAAGAAAUAGAUGGCGUGUGAAAUAAUUCUUGAUAAGAUAGUGGAAUCAUACCCUUUCCCCGAUUCGGAGCCAAUUUGAAAGAUCGCACAACAUUUGAAUAUGUUGAAUCAGACGUCAGAGGAACUGAUCGUCUCUGCCCCUCCUGGUGCAGAGAAAACACCUAAGCAAAGCUUAAAGCCACGAAAAUUAACUACAAGAACAUUUGAUUUUCUUUGGAGGCGUAAUUCACGACGCGAAGAUAUACAAAAAAAAGAGGAUGUGUUAGAAGUUAAAAUCGUCGAGUGCAAUGUUAACAAUACUGUUCCAAGGAAGACGUCAUUUAGUUUCUUCAAGAACAUUAAAAACCACAUACAAAUCAGGAAGCUGUCAGUGUGCAAAGCGAAGGAGAAGGAGAAUGAAAUUCAACUAUCCAGCACAGAAAACAAAACAAACUGUGAUUUGUUGACACUUCAAAAUGACAUAUCCAGAGUUUCGACAGAGGAGAAUAACGUAUCUGAAAUUCGAUCAGAUGGUGUCAUUGGAUUUCCUGAUGAGCAAAAUAGCAGUGAAAUUCCAGUUACCAAUGAUUCACCUUUUCAAAAUGAAGAAGUUUUGGAAGGCUUAGAUGAAACCUUAGAAAAUUAUUCUGAUAUUACUAGAAAAUUAGAUUUGAUUAAUUCAGGAACUGUUGAUGAGAUUCAAACAGACAAUAGUUGUGAAAAUGUUCCUAGUCCUUAUCAGUCUUGCUCCGACAAUCAAGAACAGUUAAGAUACAGUCUUGCUAUAGGAAAUAAAAUAACAGACUAUCAUUUUGAAGAUAUAUUAGAGAGUAUGAAUUCUAAUGAGAUAUUAAAUAAUGAUAAUAAAGUGAAAGCGAGUCUUACAGAGGAAUUACUUAAAUUAAGCAAUUAUGGGUGGUAUUGGGGACCUAUAUCAGGCCAUGAAGCUGAUGCCAAACUAAUAUCUGAACCAGAUGGUGCAUUUUUAGUUAGAGAUUCGUCAGAUGACAGGUAUGUUCUGACUCUCAGUUUUAAAUCAUCUGGAAAGUUACUUCAUGCUCGUAUGGAACACAGUGGUGGCUUAUUUUCCCUCUGCAACCAAAGCGAAAGCGAAGGAUUCAGCUCUGUAGCCGAUUUAAUUGACUAUUCAAUGAAUUUUAGCCAGACAGCUGUAAUUUGUUAUUCACGACCUAAAUACCCUGGUCAUCCAUCUUUUCCAGUCAGAUUAACAAAACCAGUAAGCAGAUUUACUCAAGUUCGAAGUUUACAGUAUCUCUGUCGUUUUGUUAUACGUCAGAACACUAGAUUGGAUAAUAUUCAUAAAUUACCCUUACCAAAAACUAUCAAAGGCUACAUAGAAGAACAUCCUCUUUUAUGAAACACUUAUAGCAAUGCAAAAUGUACUGUAAAACUAGCUAUAUAAAUUGUUUAAACUGUUGUAUUAUCACUUCUUGCAGGGAAGUUUCAUUCUUAGAAGUAAUGAAAGAUAAGAUAAGAGCAUUUUUCUAGAAAGACUGAAAUGCUCAUUGUUAGUUCUAAGAGAUAUUUUCAUUUUUAUAAAAAUUGAUAUAAUUGUAUCAGAGUUAUUGAUAUUGAUAAUGAGGCUCAUAUUGAUGUUAACAUAGAUAAUCUUGUAGUAUUUCCCGAAUCAUUUCACUGUAAAAUACGUUACAUUUUGAAACGUAAUAUUAACUCAUGAGACUUGGCUGUGUAAACAUACUUUUUAUUACGAACUAAUCUCCUGCUCAAUUGAAUUAAGGAAAGAAAUUGAUCUCUUUUUUUCCAUAGAGAGAUCAAAUAAUUUUAUAUGAAGACGAAACUAUGUUGCCUUAAUUAAUCGCGACAAUAUUGCAGGGUAAUUGUUAGAUAUUGUUAAAUUUAUAUUUCUAUCAAUUUUUAUCUUUAUAUCUUGCAUGAAAAUAGCUCAGAUUUAUUAAAUUUGACUUUAAAUGUACAGAUCUUAAAAAUAUUGCUAAAAUAAAUUAGCUAUAAUUACUAAUUCAACAUAAAAUCGUGUUUCUUCUUAAACAUUACUACAUUACAAAGUAAAAUACGUACAUAACAUUUCUGAAAUAUUUAUCUACUUUUUGGUAAAUACAUUCAGAAAAAAAUACUUUCAUUGAUUUUUUCCUGAUUUACUCUGUUUGUAUCUUAACAUUGAUUUACCUAUUCCAAUUCAGUCCAAGUAUAUUACGUGCCUGACAAAUAAAAAACAAUAUUGGGUGAAAACCACUACGAAAAUAUGAAACUUAAAUGUUUAAAACGACUUACUGUAAUAAAAGCAGCACUGGCUGCUUCGGUAGCACGAUUCAGAGCUUGUUCUGGUAAAGCCAUGUCAGAAGUUGUUGUAAGAAUAGAUUGAAUUUGCAUUGCUUCUUUUAUUCGUCUUUCCAAGAAAUUCCAAGUUUGUUUGUUGUCUUCACUAUUGUCUUGUAGCAUGUACAAUUCGGUGGUCUUAUAAAUACCUGCUAGUACUAUUCGUCUAGUAUACCAAUUAAUCUAAUCAAAUAGAUGUUCUCUGUAAGUUAUUUUACAUAUGGAAGAUAUUAAAAUUCUGUGAAAGUAUAUUGUUCUUACAUCAACUGAUCUAUCACCAGAAUAAUAACAAAUAUCAUCGACUAAAGUAAGUAAAUUAGCCAAUGAUUUUGGAACAUUAGGAGGAAGUGUCAUAAGAGCUAAAGCUUGAGGCCAAGUUUUCUUGUAUGGAAUCACCAUUUUGAGUCUUAUCUUUACGGCAUCUUGUAAUUGAGUUUCCAAUGUCUUUUUUUCUUUAGUAGGAUUGUCUUCAGUAACACGAGCUUGUUCCUUAAGAACUUUAUUCAGUUCGUUGUUACAUGUUAGAUAAAAGUAUUGAACCAAAUCUGCUCCUCGAUUGGGAAAUAGUCCAUGAAUUACACCAGGAUAUCCAAUAGACUCGGCACCUUUAGUAUACAACUUUUCAUUAAACAUAUUUAUUUAUUAACCGAGUUAGGUGAUCAGUGCAUGAAAUCAAAACUAAAAGUAAAGUUUAUGAUAAUUUCUUUAAUUUCAUAAAUACUUGAUACUGAUAAAUAUUGCUUUUGGCUGAUCUACUUAACUGAAAAAUUAUUAAAAAUUACCAGCACUGAUGGCUUGCUGGCUCCAUCCAAGAUCAUGUACAAAUUGUAAAGAUGCGCUAAGAAUUUUUGACUUGAUAUUCUUUUCAUAGUCCUCAUCACUUUCUUUGUUCUGAUCCUGACCCGAUUGCUGUGUGGUAGCAUUUUCAGUUUGUCCUGUGAGCAAUACCCUACUCGUCCAUAAACUUCUAAAACCUAUUGAAACCAAUCACUCAAAUAAUAAAUCAUAAGACUUAAUAGAAUAUGUAAAUGAUAAAUGAUUUUAUUUCACGAUAAAUGUACAUCUUAUAAAUGUUAUUAUUAUUUUAACAUUACAGUGUUAUCAUUAUUUUUGGUAAAGGCAAUCUCAGCAAUGCAUUCAUUGAUCCUAAUCAAAAUGCUUUCCAUUACAUCAAGACCAUUUACUGCCUUAUGACAGAAUGAAAUUUUCUCUGGAAUUGGUAAUGCUGGUAACUUUUUUCCACCCACAAUCAGUGUUACUUCAGCAUCACUUUUUUCUAAUCCUAUAUCACUUUUAACAGUUUUCUUUUGUUCUUCUAAGUCCUUUAUUCUCACUUUCCAAUGUGCUCUACAUAAAUCUAUUCCUUCUCUUAAAGGUUCUAGAAAAUCACUUUUAAGUUCAUCUAAAAGAUCCCAAAUUCCAGUUUGAUUGUAUCUAUCCCUGAGAAAUAAAAAUCUUAAAAGAUUCAAACUGGUAAUUAUUUCAUCAGAUAUUUCUACCAGGUCUGUUGCACUGCCAUGUGAUAAUUUGCAAGCCAAUUUCAAUAAAAUUUUGAAGUUAUCUCCAAGAAAGUAGGGUGUAGGAGGUGAUGUAUGAAGGCAUUCAAUAAUAGAAUCCUUAAAUAUGCUAGUAGUCAAGCUAAGUAAACCUGAAUGUUCACUAGUUUGAUAUAAGCGUAGUACAACAUGAUAUCUAGCUUCAAUAUCAAAUAUUUCAAUGUAUUUUCGAAAUACUUCUAAAGCUUUUCUACGUUCUUUGUCAUUAUCACAAUAGAUCAUUAUUUUCACAAGAGCAUCAAAGAGUUUUGAAUAAACAUUAAGCUCCAACACAUCUAAUGUUAAAGAGCGUUCUGUUAAUUUAUUCAGAAGAUGAUCCGUAAGAUUUAAUCCUUUUUUAAUGGCAACAAUUUCAGUUUCCUGAAGCAACUUAAUAAUAAGAUAUAUACAUGUUUGAAAAAUGUAUUCCCAGUUGUAUAUCUGGGGUACUUUCUUCCAUAAAUGCAAUUCUGUUAAAACAUGAAAAUAUAAAUUAGCAUAUGCUAAGUCUGGUACAUAUUCUCUUGACUCAAAAAGAGCCACCUUAAUGUUACUACUUUCUUCGUCGACCUUUUUCUUCUUCAAAUCAUUUUCUCUGCUUCUUCUGCUUAUAAUACUUAAAAACCAAAGUAAAUCCCCUGUAAUAUGAGUCAUAAGUAUUAUAAUUUUUUCUGGCAAACGAUCAUUCAAUUGGGAUCCUGAUGUGUAAUCUGGUAAAUAACAUAGUGGUUCUCCCAUUAAAAAAAUGAGCAGACUUAAGAGAUGAUCUCUUAACACAGCAUGUUUCUCUGAAUUUACAUUCUUCAAUGCUGCUUUCUCUACCAUUAGUUCAAGGAAUGAUAUAAUCUCAUUGUAAAUUUUCAGAAUUCUGUUUGUUGUAUCUUUCUGAGUUUCUUUCUGUCUUGAUAAAUCCUCAACAUAAGAUCUUAUCGUAUAAAGACACCAUUUUAUUGGUUUUAUGU